AUGUUCUCGCGGAAAGAUCUUCAUCCAGUCAAGCCCCUCAGAUGGGAUGGAAUUCGGAGAUGGAAUGCUUACGGUUCCAACAUCGAUGAAUCUGUCAUCAAGGAAACAGUUCAACUCUUCGAAACUCUCGGCCUGAAAGAUGCUGGGUAUGAAUAUAUCAGCAUCGAUGAAGGGUGGUCCGCUUUAGAGAGAACCUACGGCGGAUUUUUGCAGGCAAACGCAACUCGUUUUCCCCAAGGAAUGGUGAAUCUUGCGGAUUAUGUUCACUCAAAUGGACUAAAGAUAGGCCUUUAUGGUGACAGCGGGGUGAUGACGUGCGGGUUCCAUCCCGGAAGCUGGGGAUACGAGGAGAGAGACGCUCUCACGUUUGCCGAAUGGGGAAUUGACUAUUUGAAAUACGACAACUGUGGAGGAUUUGCUGCCAUGGUAGAAGCACCGGCGGUCCGUUUUAGUGCUAUGAACAACGCAUUAAAGCUCUCUGGGAGAGAUAUAAUGUACGCUAUGUGCGAAUGGGGAUAUCAAUUCCCAUGGCAUUGGGGUGAAAACAUCGGGCACUCAUACCGCAUAUCUGGGGAUAUCACGAACACGUUCAUCAAUGAAACAGGCUGCGCCUGCAAAACAGCAUAUUGCCUAAACACCGGCUACGCGGGAUGCUCUGUUGUGACAAUAAUCAAUAAAAUGAAAGAGAUCAGCCACUACCAGACUCUCGGGCACUGGGCAGACAUGGAUGGCCUCGAGAUCGGCAACACAAACAUGACAAUCUAUCAACAGCAAACGCAUUUUGCCUUCUGGGCAGCGUUGAAGUCUCCCCUGAUUAUUAGCACUGACCUUGCUACCCUCUCUAAGGAAAGCACAGCGGUCCUGACGAACAAAGACAUUAUUGCCGUGAACCAAGAUCCUCUGGGCAAAGCCGUGAACUAUAUCGAAACUGCAAGCACAGAAGGUUCGAUCCAGGUAUGGGCAGGGGAAAUUCAGGAUGGAUAUGUGGUUCUGCUCUUCAAUGAGAAAUAUCUUGAGCAGACAUACACUGUCACAUUCCAUAGCUUAGGGUUGGACAUCACUGGGCUUACGGGUGUCAAGGAGCUUUGGUCCGGAGAAAGUUAUGGCAAAAUCCAGACCAUAAAGACAAACCUGGCACCAUAUCAGACGCUUGUAUUUAAGUUGAAAAUAAAUAGUGGUCGAUAA